AUGCCCGCCACUACAGCAGAAACUCUCUCUCUCGUCACAAGAAAUGUUUCUGUAGCUCCUCUUGUUCUUCUUUCUGCAGCAGAUCAUUAUGGCCGUUCAGCGAAGGGGACAAGGAAACGUGUAGUGGGUGUACUAUUAGGACAGAAUGACGGAAAGAACGUACGGGUAUCAAACAGUUUUGCUGUACCAUUCGAAGAGGAUGACAAGGACCCUUCAGUAUGGUUUCUGGACCACAACUACGUCGAAUCGAUGAAUGAUAUGUUUAAAAAGAUCAAUGCGCGAGAAAAGUUAAUAGGAUGGUACCACUCAGGACCGAAAUUGAGAGCGUCUGAUUUGGAGAUCAACGAGUUGUUCAAGAGAUAUACGCCGAAUCCGUUACUGGUAAUCAUCGAUGUUCAGCCCAAGGAAUCCGGCGUACCAACAGAUGCAUAUUUUGCGGUAGAGGAAAUUAAGGAUGAUGGCACUACAACAACCAAAACAUUCGUACACACACCGUCUAUCAUUGAAGCUGAGGAGGCAGAAGAAAUUGGUGUCGAGCACCUGUUGAGAGACAUCCGAGAUGUUGCAGUUGGGACGUUGUCAACCAGAAUUACAUCACAACUUCAGUCCUUACAAGGACUUCACCUACGAUUACGAGACAUCGGCCAGUAUUUACAGAAAGUACUUGAUGGAACACUUCCUGUCAACCACGCAAUUCUAGGCAAUCUUCAAGAUGUUUUCAAUCUGCUGCCCAACCUCUCCACACCAAAAACCUCUUCGCACAUUCCAAACGGCAUUGAUGCGCCAGUGAAGAACGAUAGCGAAUUGGCUCAUGCCAUGAGCAUAAAGACCAACGAUCAACUCAUGGCCAUUUAUCUGAGUAGUUUAAUCCGUGCCAUUACCGCAUUCCACGAUUUGAUCGAAAACAAGAUCCAGAACCGACAGCAGCAGGAAGAGAAAGAGGCGAAGAAGGACGAAGGCAAAGAAGACGAGAAGAAGAAGUCAAGUGGGACAGAUAGCGUUAAUGGUGUUGCGGGAGCCAAAGAGGCAGAAAAGGAGAAAGAGGAAAAGGAUAAAAAGAAGUGA